GCCUCCACAACCACAGGCCACAUACAGCACAUGAAUGGAAGCAGCAGCCAAGCAGAGGAAGCAGAAGCAGCAAUGGCCCUUAAUUUCAGUUUUCUUUCUCUACCCACCGCCACAGCCACUGCCACUGCCACUGCCACUGCCACUGCCCCGUCGUUCCCCAACCCCAAUCAUAGUAAUAAGCAGCUGUGCCUCUUCAACUUCAAGACCCACCACUCUGCCUCCUCUUUUCUCGCAAGUGCUGUUGAUUCCCAACGUCAAACUGGAGGAGUUACAGAGGACGACGCCCCAGCUUUCUCCGGACCUUCAUCUACUGCUCGCACCCAGCUGGAUCUCUUGGAACAGCUCACUUCCAAUAGCUCAGCUGUUGAUGGUUAUCAGAGUGAUGGUAGUUCUCAGAAACUUACAAUCCGAGAUCAGCUUGCCAUGUUGGUAGGGGACCGAGAUGAUGAUUUCAGCAUUCCCUUGGGUAAGAAUUUAAAGAAGGUCAGUCCCAAGUUCUUAACUGUUUCCCAGAAGAGAAACAUCAGGAGGCAGGCAUACUUGGAUGAAGUAUCUCAAAGGAAUGACACGGUUUUCUUUGCCACUAUUGGAGCAUUUGUAAUUUUGCCCCCUAUUAUCAUACUAGGAAUUGCUAUAUUAACUGGUUAUGUGCAGCUUUUUCCAUGACCAGAUAGUCUUUGUACAGAAAUCACAGUUCUAUGUCCCAAUAUGAAAAUCUUUAUGGCUGAGUUAGGUGGGAUUUUCUCAUGAUACUUGUGUUAUAGCACUGAAAUCAUAGCAUCUGCUCCAAAACUUAGGAGCCUUCUUCUA